CUCCCCCAGCUCCGUCAGUCGGCGCGAAACGUUAGUCCCGUGUGGAUGUGAAGCCGCGUAAAGAAAGUAGUGGAUAUUUUGAUUAGUUACCCUCUGCCAGCUCUAACCUCGGUGUUUGUGUAUUCCAUAAAGUGCGUAUAUAUAUAUAUGUGUGUGUGUGGCUAGACAGCGACAGUUUGUUUAUUCUUUUUACGAGAAAUUUUUCGUGUUCUUGUUUGGAGGGGAAAAAGUAAAAACAAAAGAAAAGUUUGUUUGCAUCGUGUUGUUGUGUGCACCUUUUUUUAAGUGAGUGUGUCGCCAUCUUGAAGAUUCCUGUUUUUCUUUUCCCGCCAUUAUUCCCAACCGGACGGUGUAGACGAGUGACGACGGUUGGGUAAGGUGCUGCGGGCAACAGUUUGAAACAAAAAAGGUGGUAGUUGAAAACAAAAAUUUACUUCUCCCCCCCAAGAAAACUAGUUUGGGAAAAAAAAGAAGAACAGGCUUUGUGAUCUCGUGAGCCCCCCCCCCUUUUUUUUUUAAAGUUUUCGAGCAUUUCCCCUUCGACAAAGUCAUUGGACGAAAAGGAAAGUAGUGUCUGUGGUGCAAAAAAAAAGAAUCGAGUAAUAAAAAAAAAAGUUGUUUACGUGAGGAGAGCGGAACAUGCGCGCAACGUGAUUCCGGUCGAUGAUGUCAUCGCUGGUAUGAUUCACCCCCUGCUAGCUGUUUCUUUUAUCCAACAUUUGAGCGUCACGCUGCUUUUGAAAUAGUGAAGAAAAAUUCAUCAUCUGGUGGAAUAUAUUAGACACAAACACAAACUUCUUUUUGAACAUCUUCCUCAAAAUGGAUAUCUUACCGAGUGGUAACAUCUUCCGAGAGUUGCAGGUCGUUCAUGACACGGGAUACUUGUCUGCACAAACGUCCCUGGAAGAUCACUGGGAACAGACGUGUUACGAGAUGGAACGGUAUUUGAAAGACGAGCCGCAACAGACGUCAGCGUCGCCGCUCUGCUCGUCAUCGGCCGUCCGUCGAGCUGAAUCCUUCGACGUGUUGUCGUCCAUCCAACCGGCCGGCUAUUUGGCCCCGGAUUCGAUGAACUCUCCCAUGUGGCCAUGGUCUUUCAAACAAGAACCAGUCGAUCCAGACACGGAUCCCGAUGACGGUUGCCAACUCCUCCGCGCCCACAAACACCACCAGAUCGCUCUCCGGUUGGGAUUCAAAUUGCGCGAUGGUGAAACGUACGCUGGCGAAUCGACGGAAGCGGAUGAAAGCGAUCGCGAAUUGGAAGAAGAGGAGGAGGAGGAAGAAGAAGAAGAAAGGAAAGGGGGAAGAGCGUUGGAUGCGGUGAGCUUGAGCUCGGCCAGUUCGCGAUCGAGUCGCGGUUCAUGGGACUGCCUGGGCGACCUGGAUUUGCGGAUUCAUUCGUACAAUUGCAGUUCGACAAGUUCUCACAGUAGUUCGAGUAGUCAUCAUCAUCGCACCAAUCACCGAGGAGCUGUAAGACUCUAUCACCAUCACCACAAGACGCCGCGAGGUCAACUCCUCACCCCGCCUUCCAGUCCUGAAUCCAUCCGCGCCUCGAUGGUCUCUGCCCUCAAGCCGGCCAACCGGAACGCUGCCAACAAUGGCAAACAUACCUCCUUGAUCAACAACAGCGUGGCUGCGUCUGACAACGCUGUCACUACCACCACUGCCUCGGAACUCAACGGCCAGACGAGCCGGAACGCGGCGGCGGCCGCCGUUCGAACGCUGACGGCGUUGGGUCUGACUCCGGCCACGUCGCGAGGUGGAGUCGCCGAACGCCGUCGCAUCCACAAGUGCCAAUUCCCCGGAUGCAAGAAGGUUUACACCAAGAGCUCUCACCUCAAGGCUCAUCAAAGGACCCACACAGGAGAAAAGCCGUACCAGUGCUCUUGGGAGGGCUGUCAGUGGCGGUUCGCCCGUUCCGACGAACUGACCCGCCACUACCGCAAACACACGGGCGCCAAGCCGUUCAAGUGCGUCCAUUGCGAACGCAGUUUCUCCCGCUCCGACCACCUGGCCCUCCACCUCAAACGCCACCAAUGAAGAACGGCGUGAAAUUUUUUUUUUCUAUUUCGGUGGAUGCUUGUACACACCGCAUUGUUUUUGUUACACCUUUUUUUUUUUUUUUUAAUUAAGGAUAAUUUCUCCUGCGACUUUUUUUUUCUAUUUUUUUCUUGUUAUGAAACAAAAAAAUGUUUCACGCGUCUGCGGCCACCGCACAUCGAACAAGGAAAAACAAACAACCAAAAUUGGGCAAAACGGAGCAAUUUUUAAAAAAAAUGUGGCAAUGAUUUUUCUAUUUAAAGCAACAACAAAAAAAAAAACGUAAAAAAAAAAAAAAAAUUAUAAUGUUUCAGUCGUUCAACCCCCCUCCCCCGUGCUUGACGUGAGCUUGUAGCUGACAUUAAAACAAAAAUAUAUAUUACAUAUUUUUUUAUUAAUUUUUUUUUUUUUUUUAACUCUUUAUAGUUUGAAGCUUUGACGUUGUUGCGCAAUGGCGAUUUCGUUAUACUCGUCGUGUACCUCUCUCCUUCCAAAGCUUUUCACUUUUGAUUAUCGUGGGUUCUGUUAUUUCUUCUUACAGUGCCCCUAUCGUCCAAUGAACAAAACAAGAGGAAGUUUUUUUGUUUUUUUUUCUAGUUUUUUUUUUAUAAGAACCGUUCAGCCAAGUGUGAUGAUCUUUUAAAAAUGCAUUUUUCUUUUUUUUUCCCCUACUGACGACCCGUGCCCAACAAAAAACUGGAUAAAUUCUAUUGAAAUUCCGAUCCCAUCUUUUCCUUCUGCCUCCUUCCUUUUUUUUAUAUCUUCGUCUUUAAAGAGGCGGCAAAAAAAAAAAAAUGGGAUUCUGCUUGAUAGAGAA